AUGGCUGAAGCAAAUCAAGAAGUUCCGGAUCCAAACGAUCCAGAGAUUGACGAAGAAAAUGACGAUGGAAGGUCGGACGUAACCGACACGGACUUCGAUCCUUGCGAAACCAUUGUACGAAGAUCAGAGCGGUCCAACAAAGGUGUCGCCCCACAGCGGUACCAUGAAGGAAGCAACAUGGCAGCAGCUACUGAACCGAGGACUACCAAGGGUGAGAAGCAAGCGUUCAUCCUUCUGAACGUCGACGAUAUGCUCAUCGUGUAUGAGACCGAGGCGGAAUAUGAAGCGAUCCUGAAAGCAUUCUCGAGAAAGUUCAAAACCAUUUCUCUUGGCGAUGGGCGGCAGUACCUGGGCAUACAGGUGGAGCGGGAAAAUGAUGCAAAGUUUCUGCUCAACCAACAGUGCAUCAUCCAUCCAGCGGCUGGCGUCGCGAUUCGGACUCCAAACGGCAAAGCCAUUACUUAUCCCGAUGGACCCCGGCUAUCUUCAAGCAAAGGAGGAGGAGUCCAGCAAGCUACCAAACAAUACUUCGUACUCCAGUUUGGCGAUCAUCGGGACCGUAAAUCCAAUAGUGGUUUUCUGAUUAUGUUCGGUGGAGGUGCGAUCAGUUGGGUGGCAAGGAAGCAAACCUGCGUUGCCCUAUCUGAGUUUAUUGCUGCUACAGAGGCAUGUCAAGAAUUUCUCUGGAUUCAAAAGCUGAUGAAGGAUUUCCACGAGCCGGAAACUCAAAUCCUGUUACUCGAGGACAACCAGAGUGCCAUCCGACAGUUGCAGUCGGAGAAACUGGAACGCCGGUUCAAACACGUUGACACCAGGUUCCAGUUCACCAAGGAUCUUGUUCAACAAGGCAUGCUGUCCGUGAUCUACUGUCCAACGGAGCAUAUGGUUGCGGACAUGCUCACCAAACCAUUGAACAAACUCAAGAUAUCAAAACAUCGAACAUCGGCUGGUGUGCUACCUGUGCAGUUCGAGGAGGAUUUAUGCGGCGAAGUGGAAGCCCUCCGAUCGGUGCUGUCUGCCGGCGCCGACGUAUCCACCCCGGACAUCAACGGCGGCAGUCCGCUGCACUAUGCGGCCCAGAUGUGCGGUGCCAACUACGAGGGCAAGACGGCCCGCGCCUCGGCCAAACUGGCCCUGGAAAUCCUCAACACACUGCUGGUCCAUCAGGAUACUUCGGUCGAAGUAGAGGACAAAGAUGGUCGCCAGCCACUGCUGUGGGCUGCCUCGGCUGGCUCUGCUAAGGCUGUCCUGGCUUUGAUCAAAGCCGGUGCUCAGGUCGAGAGUGCAGAUAAGGAUGGACUCACGGCUCUCCACUGUGCAGCCUCUCGAGGUCACACGGAGUGUAUAGACACACUGAUUAACCUGUGUGGAGCGCACACAGAUCAGAUCGAUUCCAACGGGUGCACAGCACUGCAUUAUUCAGUGACGCUUGGGCAUGCGGAUGCAACCUCCCUGCUGAUCAAGUUGGAUGCCGAUCCAAAUCGACAGGAUAGGAAAGGCCGUACCCCGGCCCAUUGUGGCUGUGCUAAAGGACAGAUGGAAACGGUUAAGAUUCUGCACAUCAAAAAGGGGAAUCUGUGGUUGAGAAAUGCCAAGGGUGACUUCCCGGUUCACGAUGCGGCCAGCUCUGGCCGCAGGCAGCUGGUUCAGUGGCUGUUGCAGCUGAAACCAAAGCACAUCAACACGCCAAGCAAUGAUGGAAGGACGCUGCUACAUAUUGCCGCAGGGCACGAUAACGUAGACAUGUGCAAGCUAUUGCUGGAAUCCGGUGCGGAGAUGAACCAUCUGUACAGGCCAUCUUCGAAAAGUGCUCCCAUGACACCACUGGACUAUGCUCUGGCCAAAGGCUUUCGAUCGGCGGCAAAAUUUCUGCAGAUGCAAGGAGGUCUUCCAGCGAAUAAAUUGCGCCUCUCCAGCCGACAGCAGAAGAUUCUGCCAGAUAUUGACAAGGUUGAACCACUGAAGCUUACCGAAAAGGAAGAGUUGAUAGAUUUGAAAACAUCCAAACGCUACAUAGUUUAUUUGAAUUCAAACUCGGAGUCGGAAAGUCAGGAAGACCGAUCGCACCGCAAGAGUCGACAUAAACGAAAAGGGAGCCAUCGGGGUCGUCGAACGAGCAGCUGCAGCGACUCCGUGUUCCUGUACAGAGAGGGAGCGGCAGACAUCAGUCGAUCUCGGAGUAACGUCGAGUUGAACCGCGCCCAGCAUCACCAUCACAGACAUCACCACAGGAGUAGCAGCUCCUCAUCGGCUUCCACCAGCGAUACGUCUUCAGAUGAGUGCUGUAAGCAUACUAAACGGAAACACAAAUGCUACACGAAAUGUUCAUCAUCAAAGUCGGCCCGAUCGAAAGAUCGCUCCCAUCGGGAGCGGGACCGAGAUCGGGAAAAGGAGCCAAAAGAACUAAAAGAGUACGAAUUCAUGUAUGCCGAGAAGCGAGAAUCUGGAAAGCCGAGGAAGUCGGGUGAACGGAUGGGAAGAAUUGUGCUGAAGCAGGUUCAGAGUGGAUCAUCGGAGAACGAUUCGCCCGACGGCGAUAGGCGUCCUAGUACUUCAAGGCUGACUGGUAAGGGUGGACAGCUACUGUCCGUCCCUACAGGAAUGAUGGGAAUGUUGGAUGAAGAAUCACUGCCGAAAACACCGCCGAAAGCUGAGUUCAAUAUUAGGAAAGAAUCGGAUGUGAAGAGUGAUGGCAAGUCGUCUGCGGAUUCCAAUGGGAAAAAGCUGAAGAAAGCGAAGGGAACCGGCAAGAAGGGGAAAGCACAUGUAAAAGGAAAGAAGACAGAUUCGCCAAGCGAAGAGGAAGCAAAGGACAAGCAACAAGGGGAGAAGGUGGUGACGGAAGCUCAGGUGCAUCCAGUACCAGUACCGGAGAUGGUAAAAUCGACGGAAGAUGAUGGAGCUGCGACGGAUGCAACGUAUACAAUCGAUCAGAAGACUAAGUCGGAUUAUGAGGGGUUUAGUGAGACCGAGUCUGCGGAGAAGGGGAAGGCCAAAGGGAAAGGUAAAGGGCUGGGACCGGAGACGAUAGUGGAAGUAAAACAUGAGACCCUGCAGGAAGUUCCAUCGGCGGUCCCUUUAGAGGUAAAGGAGGAGGUGGUACCGGCUCCAAAAAAGGAAAGGCCAAAGCUCAAGUCAAGCAAAGACAGUAGCAGCAGCCGAUCCAGCAAAUCCAAGUCGGAUUCGUCGGAGAAGGAGAUGCCAAAGCUGAAAUUGAAACCGAAAGAGAAAGUUGAAGAGGCAACUCCUGUGAUGGCAGCGCCAGCGCCGCCGCCAUCACCACCACCGCCACCUCCUCCUGAACCAGAACCAGAACCAAGCGUUGUACCAGAGCUAGAACCCGUUGUUGAAGAGCCCCCCGUAGUUGAAGAUCCACCCAAACCAGAAGAAGAGCAGCUUUCCGAACCUCCGGUAAAAGUACCGGAGUCUGAACCCGCACCGGUACCAGCAGAUGAGGAAGCAGUUGUACCACAGGAACCUCCAGUCGUAGAACCAGAACCUGAACCACCGGAACCGGAACCGGAGCCAGUUCCUGAACCAGAACCAGAGCCUCCAGCUGUAGAAGAGACGCCAACGGAAGAGAAGAGCUCGGAAGUUGAGGAAUCGCCUUCGAAAUCGAGUGAGGAUCAGCCUGAUCAGCAGCCGCCAGAACCCGAAGAACCGCCAAAGCCCGAACCGAGUGGGGAUCAAGAACUUCCCACUGAGGAACCAACAGCUCCACCACCACCACCGCCUCCAUCACCGCCACCAGAUCCCAAGGAAGAAUCUCCGAAGAAGGUCAGUUUUGAUAGAGAACGGCCAAAGCUGAGGAGGUCAGCCGAGUCCAUGGUGGAGCACGUCGAAGAAGAGGAAGUUAGAACGGAAGAGGACGCUGUCGUACCGUUGGCAGCGGCAGCUGCGGUAGAUCAGGAGAAGGUCGAUUCGACAAGGGGGUUCUACGUGAGCCUUGCGGAAGGAGAAGAGGGCGAGGAAAAGAAGAAACGAAAGCUCAAGAAAAAGAAAUCAAAGGAAGACAAAGCAGACGAAGAAGCGCAAAACAGCAAGGAUCAGGACUCUGGGUUCGAACCAAGUCCGCAGUCAAUACGGAGCAAAUCGACGGUGUUCGACAGGCCAACAAGUAUGGCGGUUUCGUCCAAGAGGCCUGCGUUUACGAUGGUUGAAGAGCGGCCAGUCAGUUCCAGGCCGGAGGAGGGUCGCAAGCCAGGCGACAAGAAUGCGGUCAACAUGACGACCGUACAGCAAUCGAUCCAGCGGAACAUUCGAAGAUAUUACAUGGAAAGAAAAAUUUUCCAACACCUACUCGAGCUGAAAAGCCUGCAGAUCCGCUCGACCAAGGUGAACGAGAGCGGCCUGGUGAAGCGGGCCAUCGACGACUACCACAAAUCGACGAUCGAGCUGGGCUACGAGACGGGCUCGACGCUGCGGCGCUAUCCCUACUCGGAGUACUCGUUCAAGAACUUCGAGCUCUUCCUGUACGAUACGCUGAAGAGCCUGCAGAAGCGCGAGACGUACAACUUCCAGAACAUCUCCGAGGUGUACGACGAGGCCGAGCGUCGCCAGAGUCCGGACGUAAGCCGAUACGAGCGAGCCCUGAACUGCACCACCAAGACUCAUCGCUGCCUUCACGCAACCCACGCAUACACGGGAAUCCCCUGUGCAGCCUACAUCCCCAUGAUGAACCAUCACACGAUACCGAAGCUCGGAUUUGGCCAGUACAAAUCGUCCUCCAGUGGGGUUGGGAGCUUUUUCCUGCCGAAAAUCCUCACCAACCCGACCGACCGGAGCUGUCCCGGGAGUAGCAGCUACUUGGCCCCAUCGGCCGGCGGCGGCAGCAACAGCAAGGGAAGUCCGCGGAAGGUCAGCCUCAGCAGCAGCAGUCCGCUUCCAUUGGCCAACAGCAGCAACAGCAAUCAGAACCCACUAGUGAUGCCCAGCAUCCACAGCAGCAGCAACAACAACAUCAACAGCAGCAGUCCCACGCAGACCCCCUUCCAGCUGUUGUAGAGGAGGACUCCAAUCUCGAGUCCAGCUCCGGGCCUUCGCCCUCGUUGUAGCACGGAACGUUACAAACUACACUGCCAGAAUUGUUCCAAACAAUUGCCUUGAAAUUUUGUUUUUUGUAUUUUGGAAUUUGUCGUCUUCUAACAAUUUAUCGUAGAAAUUAUCUCGUAAAGAGUUAUUCCAACUGUAGGUGUAUUGGUCAAAAUUUGAAUCCUAGCUAUUGGGAAUUGGAAACAGUAGGACAACUGAAUGUUGGACCGGAUUUUGUCGUCGGUCUCGUAAAUCGUUUGUGCAAGUGUAGGUAAAUCGACAGUGAUUGUAAUUUUAGGUGAGAGAUGGAAUCAAGUUGCGAUUUUUGUUUUGUUUGGCAAACUUUCUUGUGUAAAUAUGGAAAUAUACAGACAUAUACAGUAAUGUUUAGCGAUCCCGGUCAACUUGCCGGAGGAACUAGAUGAU